CCCGCAAUGCUUUGAUUCGCUCCGUCUCAGUCUGUUUAUGAAUGAAAAAACAUGGUGGUCUAGUAGUUUUUAAUCAAAUUUGCAAAAACAUUAUUAGAUUUUCCUUUGAAGGUUUAUUUGUGAUCGAUAGUAAUUAUGCCACUAGCAAACUCCUCAGAUCCAUGGCGAAUGCAGAAUGUUGGAGACAACAGGGGUGUAUCACAGACGGCCAACAGUCUUCCAAUGGUGGUGGAAAACUCGGCGGAGUCGCGCCAGGCGUCCACAGCAGAAAGCCUGGAUUCCAGCGCCGAGAUCAGCUGCGAAAGGGAGGUGGAACUCCAGGAUGUUGUGAAAGAGGGACAUGAGAAAGCAGACCCGUCUCAAUUUGAAUUGCUCAAAGUGCUCGGAGAAGGUUCCUUUGGAAAAGUUUUCCUAGUCCGGAAAGUAACUGGUGCUGAUGCAGGCACACUUUAUGCAAUGAAGGUACUUAAAAAGGCCACUCUAAAAGUGAGAGACCGAGAACGUACAAAAAUGGAGAGAAAUAUAUUAGUUGACAUGGGCCAUCCAUUUAUUGUAAAAUUACACUAUGCAUUUCAAACUGCUGGAAAGCUUUAUUUAAUAUUAGAUUUUUUACGUGGCGGCGACUUGUUUUCAAGACUAAGUAAAGAGGUAAUGUUCACUGAGGAGGAUGUUAAAUUUUAUUUAGCGGAGUUAGCUUUAGCAUUAGAACAUGUGCACAAAUUGGGCAUUAUAUACAGGGAUCUUAAGCCAGAGAAUAUUUUAUUAGAUGCAGACGGUCACAUUGCACUUACUGACUUUGGCUUGUCUAAACUUCCACCGAGUAGUGAUAAAGCUUACAGCUUCUGUGGUACAGUUGAGUACAUGGCACCAGAAGUGGUCAAUAGAAGAGGGCAUACUUUUGCUGCGGAUUGGUGGUCUUUCGGAGUGCUUAUGUUUGAAAUGUUAACUGGAAAUUUGCCAUUCCACGGUUCUACAAGGCACGAAACAAUGACACAAAUAUUGAAAGCGAAGCUGGGUAUGCCAUCCAACUUAAGUGAGGAAGCGCAAUCUUUGCUGCGAGCUUUGUUCAAGCGGACACCCCAAAAUAGGCUGGGAGCAAGCCCAAACGGUAUAGAAGACGUGAAAAACCAUGAAUUCUUUGCAAGUAUAGACUGGGAUGCUCUGUUGAAGAAAGAGGUAAUCCCACCAUUCAGACCAGCCGUAUCGCGGGCCGACGACGCGUUUUACUUCGACUCUGAGUUCACUUGUCGCACGCCGAGAGAUUCCCCCGGGGUGCCCGCCUCCGCCAACGCUCACGAACUUUUCAGGGGUUUCAGCUUCGUAGCCCCUUGCCUACUCGACGAUGACAAUAAUAAAACCGUCACGAACACAACGCAGAACAAUGUCGUUCAAAACAAUAAAACUUCCACUGAGGAGUUUUUGGCGGGCUUCGUUAAUAGGAACAACUUCUUUGAUGAAUACCGGUUAAUGGGUGAAUUAGGCACUGGAUCGUUUUCAGUGGUCCGUCUCUGUGAACACAAAGCCUCACGAGUGCAAUAUGCUGUUAAAAUUAUGGACAAGAUGCAAUAUGAUCCGCGUGAAGAAAUUGAAAUUUUAUUAAGAUACAGCCAACAUCCACACAUAAUAACCCUCCGCGGCGUCUAUGAGGAAGGCGCUCGCAUCCUCGCCGUGACCGAACUAUGCCGGGGCGGAGAACUGCUCGAGCACAUCACACAGCGGCGCUACCUGCCCGAGCACGAGUGCGCGCCCAUCCUGCGCAACGUGCUGCACGCCGUGCACUACCUGCACAGGCACACCGUGGUGCACAGAGACAUAAAGCCAUCGAACAUCCUAUUCGCGACAGCUGAAAAAAGGCCAGAAGACAUCCGUCUGGUGGAUUUCGGGCUAGCGAAGCAGUUGCGUGCAGAGAACGGGUUGCUCAUGACUCCCUGCUAUACGGCCAACUUCGUAGCCCCAGAAGUAUUAAAACGAGCUGGUUAUGAUGCUGCUUGCGACAUCUGGAGUUUAGGUGUGCUGGCAUAUAUCAUGUUAUCGGGCAGGACACCGUUCGCUUCGACCGGGGACGACAGCCCUGAAGCUAUCCUCACGAGGAUUGAGUCAGGAAAGGUCGAGCUAUCCUCGGGCGUAUGGCGUUCCGUAUCCAGCGAAGCGAAGGCGUGCGUCCGUCGCAUGCUCCAACUAGAACCAGCCCACCGGCCUAGAGCUCACGAACUGCUGCGGGAGUCCUGGCUCAGUACCUCCCGAGCACCCACUGAAGUGCAACCACAGCCGGACUUGGAGGACCCUGUACCGCCUGAAGAAUUACGCCGCGCUGUUGACCUCACCUUCCAGGCAAUGACGUCGUCGCCGAUGACGCCGCAGGUGCUGGGCCCGGUGUCGCAGUCGACACUGGCGCAGCGCCGCAGCAAGCCGCAGCGACGCUUCCCUCCCACUCAGCUUUAAACACGGUAUACGAACUAUAAACCUACGUGUUUUGUACACCUAUUUACCUAGGUUGAAAAGAGACACAGCGAUGGGACCUGGGGCCUUUCGUUCGCACCUAUGGCGCUCGCCGCCGUUGCCAUAGACCAAAGUCGCGGCCGGGCCGUUAAUGUCUCCCCGCGACUGAAUAUCAUUUUACCUCUUUCCGACGCUUCUGCCAGUUUGCACUGGCUUUAACCACGGAAGAGAAAAAAAUGUGUGGUCGGAAAACGCGUUCCACUCGGGAGUGACAUGCAAUACGGUAUACGAGCUUACCCAAGUCUCUGCCACAAAGAUCUCGAGGCGUUCCCUAAACUGCAUAAUACAUUACCUACACCAAAAUACGUAUUAGAUCUAUUUUCGACUCUGUCGAUGGGUCGAGAAAGAACAAGCGUCCUGCGUACGGUUGUUACCCCGUUAGUUUCGAAUUUCGAUAUAUGUUGUAUUUUCGAUGUUUCUGGAUAAUAUGAGUCAUGUGAAGUGUAAGUAGCUUUAUUUCAAUGAGAAUUAAUAAUCCUAACAUGAAAAUCAUUGUAAAAAAUUAUCGCCUGAAGAUUCUAGCAUAAUAUGAGUUAUAAUUUUUAUUAUGUAAAAGAAAUUAUGUGAUUUAAUUAUUAGUGAAUUGAAAGGUAGAUUGCAUUUUCUUGCAGCAUUCCAUCCGUUUCCGUUUUAUUACUUGGCAGAUUUAUGUGAAAGUAGUCUUCCCUACAAUUUUUUGGAAUUAGUAUGUAGCAAUUUUAACUUAAUUUGUUAGUUGUUUUACUUGCCCACCCAAUGACAUAACUUGUCCCUUUGUGCCAUGAAAUCUAUAUGCUACGAUUGAUUGAUAAAUAAGAUAUAAAUCUAGUAUACACCUAUCUUUAUAUUUUUAUGUUCUAUUUAUGUCACAAACAAAGUACCUAAAGUACAACAUUUAUUAGUGGAAUAGCUUUAUUUUUGUAAAGUAUUAGUCUUCUCAAAACAUUCGCGAUACUUCGUCCCUUCCUUUUAUUUUACAUUUACUCUAAUGAGAUGUUGUUUAUAUUUUUGUAAGAUUUUGAGUAUUCAGUCGUUUUAAGGUAUUUAGAGAAUUAGGAUUAAGUAUAUCGAAAUACUUAAAAAAGGCUUUUUAUUAGUUUAACUUUAGUAUAGGGUUCGUGUGUACAACACAUCACAUGCGUCAAUAUGAUUCAUCGCAUCAUAUCUUCUUUGUAAUCAAUAAUCAUCAAUUCACUCAUAUCAAGGCCUAACUUGCUCACAAAUGCAAAAUCUUCCAAAUUCUUUAAAUCUCAAAUAUUUAUUUUAUGUUAAAAUAAGUACCUAUACAAAUUGAGUAUCGUUUGUUAGAUAAGAUCAUGUUUAAGAUAUCCAUAAAUAUUUUUGUAUUAUAAUAUAUUUUCCUUGUAAACAAUUCCAAUCAUUGGUUUUGUAGGACGAGGAUAGUAACGAUUCCAAAUAAAGACAUAAUAAGUUAAUGACUUCAAAACUUGCUUGGCCAUGUUUGUGUCAGUAAUAGCAACAGUUGUAUGAAUAUAAUAAAACAGUCAUAAUAUGUUUAGUACGAAUAUUGUCUUUGAACUAUUUUGUAAAUUUUAGGAUUAAGAAUGAUAUACUUGAUGGAUUAUAUUUUAUUACUUCUGGUGAUGGUUAUGUUUUAAGAAAAAUCAAUGUGUAUACUUACAUAGGUAUAUAAUAGUCAAGAAAUGGUAUUAAUUUUAUAAAUUAAACGUUCUACUGUGUAUCUAUGUUUAUGGUCGGUGUUUUAGGUUUUCUAAUUGUAUUGGAUCUAUUACCAAAGAUAUGUCAUAGUCAAUGGGUUUUAACAAUUAUUGGACUUCCUGAGUGUAUAAAAUGCUACGAAGGGUUGUAAUACUACAAGGGCCCACUGGAAAAAAGUAUAGUAAAUAAGUAUAUAAAACAAUGCUGUAAAUUGUUUUCGCCAAUAUACAUUUUGAAAGUAUGUGUUAUGUGAGUGUUACAACAUACACUAAACUACGGAACCCUAAAAAAAUAUCGAAUUAUUAUGGUCAUAAAACAUUUGAUUGGUAUUUAAAAUUAACUAGAAGUAGUGUUUUAUGUUUUAACUGGUUUCCUGGUUUGUACCGCACUUUAUACUUGAAUGAAAUCAUUGUCAUGUGUCGGUAUUGUACACCAAUUUAGAUAUGCUAAAUGAGUUACGAGUCAACGUUUAUCAACUCAAGGAAUUGAUUCAAAAUUUUAAUAGGCAUAUUGUAGGUAUUCUUAAUAUUAAGAAAUAUUAAAAAAAAAGCACUAUAGAGAUGCUACAGUGUCACAAAAUAUAAUAAGUCAUGUUUAACAUAUCUCCAGCACAUUUUUCUAUUUCUUGUCAUUAGAUAACAUUUAAAACUCAAAUUACGAAUAACUAAAGCACUUUUGAUCGGAUUCCCAUACCAGCUUUAUAUUUAUUAUUUUAACACUAAGUCUAAUCAAAAUGUUCUUUAUUUUCUAUGUUUUAAAACCACACGAAUUUAAAUGACAGUUUGCCAAAAUAUAGGUACAUCAACGGUGAUGCUAGCAUGUGUACACCGUGUGAUAUGAAAUAUGUUUUUCCUACAAUCUGUGUAAAUAAUUGUUGAGUAGAGUAAGUAGCAAAUGAACAAUCACUUACUAUAAAAUAUGAACACAACAAUGUUCCAAAAAUGUUUUUUACCUAAAUAUAACUGGGAUGCACACUUGUUGAGUAAUUCUAAAGAAAUAUUUUCAUACUGGACAUGGUCUAAAUACUAAAUUAGAUAUUUCUAUGGUACUUGUGAUGUUUCAAUCGUGUACAACCGCAAACGUUCGCUAUUUACAGUAGAAAGAUAUUAUGCACAUGUUUCUCAAAAAUAAGUAAAUUCUGUUGAAGCUUUAUAAAGUGCUACACAAAACAGACUGUUAAUUGUAACAGAUGAACAUUUCAGAAAGAGCUUAUUUGAUAAGUUGCUGGUGUUAGAAUGACAAUAUGGAGUCCAGUCAAUGAAUGGUUUGGUGUUUCUUUACAUCAGUUCAGGGAAAAUAUCUCGUCAUGUAAGAAUAUUUUAUGAGAAUAAGAAAUAGUAAAAAACCUGUUACUGAAAAAAUCUUCAUUGAUUGGGCUCAUGUUUUACUGGUGCAUAAAAUGCUGCUAUUUCUUUAUAAAUAAUCUAAUGAUAUGCCAAUUUAAAUCUAGAAAUUGGUUAGUUUUUUGUCUAAUAAAUGUGGGUUAGUUUUUUUACCUGUUAACUAAAGCUAAACCUGUAAGCAAAAAUGAAGAAGUCAUGAAAGCAUGUUAAAUGAUACACCUCAAUUGUCUAUUUUUUGACAUUUAGAUAAAAAAGAAAUUGCAGUAAAUUGUUACUUAUAGGAAAACUCAUAUUCAAUUAGAGAUGUAAUAUAUUAUUGUUGACAUUGCUUA